CUCUCAAUUGCCUAAAAAUCGCAAGAAAAAGAAGUGAGGAUAACAGAGUCAACAACAGCAUGGCGGAGACUGACCAGAAGCCAGACAUCAAUGCCUCUGAGCACGUCAACAUCAGGGUUGUUGCCCAGGAUGGCAACGUUGUACAGUUCAAGAUCAAAAAAAAGGCGCAGCUUCGCAAGCUCAUGACGGCGUAUACCGAGAGACUUGGUCUGCAAGAGGGCUCAGUCAUCUUCCUCUACGAUGGCCUUCGCAUCCAGAGAGAGCAGACCCCAAAUGAUCUGGGCAUGGAAGAGGAGGCUCAAUUAGAAGUGAUGAUGGCCCAGGAGGGAGGAGGUUGAGGAAUGGACCACGGAUUCCUUCCUGCAGUGAUUACUUGCCGGGCAGACGUUGCACCGGGUCUUGAGGUGCCUUUGCGGGCGGGCACACAUUAUAAUAGUGUAGCUUUAACAUGCGUCACAGUGGAAUACGGCCAGUACUACCUGCAGUACUUGAUCUGGUGUGCCUUGUCCGAGCAUUUUGUGGCUUUAAGAUGUUGCGGAUUGAAUUGGGAGCACCUUCCGCUUGUGCCGUUGAAUGAGUGCCCCUUCAAUGGUGCGUGUCCCUUUGGGCGAGUACGUCCUUACCUGGAAUAGAAAAUCUAGGGGCACCUAUGAUGAUGCCCAGGACUGGGGUGCAGAUGGCCAAGCGUGUUGAGCUGCUUAGUGACGAAUCCAAUUUGGGCAGUCACAGUGUCACUAGCCGCAUCAUGCAAGGCGUUGACCUGCCAAUGCUGAGGUCGCCAAGAAGGAAUUGCUCAAGUGUUGGAUGCAAAGAAGAUACAAAAACAUUUGUCGAUGUCGAUGCUUUAUCAAUCUCAAUACUUUGAAAGCAGCCUUGUAAAUUUCUUAGGA